AUGAAUUCAAGCUGGGUUUGGGCCGUUUGUGAGCUGGACAACCAGUGCCAUCUGGCGCGCGCAGGAUCGUGGCAGCCACCAGCUAACAACACCCCGGAUCCUAACACAUUGGUCGACCCUUACUGGAAUUAUGGACCCGAUCCAAACGAUCGGGAUGUGGCCGUUUUCCCAUAUCACUCUUACCUGGAACGUAUUCUGCGGGAAGGCAGCCCCCGCAAGAUAUUCAUUCUGCAGAGAGUCUUGAGGUGGAUCUAUGUUGGGACCAUUCUGGAGUUACCUGAGCUGCAACUCUCUGCUGCAGAAAUGUGUGACUUCCUCUCAAUCCUACUUUUGUAUCGCGGAAUCGAGGACAGCCAGUCGAAGGCCCAGGUGAACGAACAGGAAGUUGCAGAUAUUGGUGGGCAGCUUAUCCGCAAGUCACCCGACGCAACCACCUUUGAAUUCAUGCAUCACACGGUCGAGGGAUACCUAACAGUGAAUAUUUCCAAAGACAAGCAGCAAUUCAAACUCGAUGACCAGGUUGUUGAUAGCGACGUAAUUGACGAGCUGGACAUCGUCAGUGCUCAACUUGCAAAAGGUGGCCGCCUCGCCGAGUCAGAGGCCAUGAAACUUCGACUCAUUCCAUGCCGUGAGCGGUUGUGGGGGCCGAGCGGUAAUCCAGUCCUGGCUGCCUUCAAUAACCUCGCCACGUUCUACAAGGACCAGGGACGGAUAGACGAGGCAGAGGAACUGUAUACACGAGCGCUUAGGGGCUAUGAGAAGGCAGAGAAGCCGAACCAGGAAGCCAUGUUCAACACAAUAAGCAACCUCGGCAUCUUGUAUAAAGUCCGGGGGCAGUUCAGGGCCGCGGAGGCGAGACCACGUUGGAUACUGUGCACUGCCUUGGCCUCCUCUACGCGACAGAAGGCCGUUUGGGUGAAGCUGCUCCCCUUUUGGGAGCGAUACCUCCAAGGCCGGGAGAAGCUUUACGGGCCUAACGACGCCAGAACGCUGAUCGCGGUAUUUGACCUGGGCGGGCUCUAUUAUAACCAGGAUAGGAUCGACAAGGCGAUACCGCUAAUGGAACGAGCCCUGGAGGGAUACGAACGAACGCGAGGUGACGAGGACAAAUUGACGAUCCAGGCACUGGAUAAACUCGGGACAAUGUAUGCGAUAAAUGGGCGAUAUGAGGAGGCUGAAGCGAUACUGAAGCGAGGGGCAAGAGGCCACGAGAAGCUCUUGGGCGCGGAACAUGAUGGCACAGUUCGGACGAAGAUAACCCUGGCAAAGGUGUACAUGCAACAAGACAGACUGCCCGAGGCAGUUAUCGUGUACAGAGAGGUACUCGAAGGGUACCAGAAGACACCAGGCCCGGACCACGCCUCGACGGGAGAAGUGUGCAGCAUCCUUGCCGAUUUAUAUCAAGAUAUGGGUCAGCUGCACGACGCAGAGGUGAUGGCAGCCCAGGCACUGCAAAUCUACGAAAAGUCCCUCGGUGCAGGGGACAUUUUGACGGUAGAUACAGCUGCUGGGCUUGGGCUGCUCUACGCCAAGCAGGGCCAACUGGAUAUGGCGGAACUCAUGUGGGAGAGGGCGGUGCGAGGUUUCGAAGAGAUCAAGGGGCCAGAUCACCCGUCGACACUGCGGCAGAUGCACAACCUUGGGCGUAUCUAUAAGAUGCAAUUCCGCCUGGCGGAAGCAAAGGCCACGCUCGAGAGAGCAUUUGAGGGGGCGAUGCGAGCUUUAGGCCCGGAGGAUUCGCUAACGCAGAGGAUAGGUGGAGAUCUAGCUUCACUGUACGAGAACCUCGGCCAGAUGGACGAGGUGAUACAAGUCUCCGAGCGGCUUAGCCUGGCCUGA